CGGAGCUUGGAGAACUGUAACAUUCCGCGCAUGCGUCGUCAGACCAACAUGUCUGUAUCCGCUUUCACAGACGCAUGGACGGUGUGAUUUUCAGCCUAGUGUACCUUUGAAUAUAAAUAUUGUCGAAUUGGAAUUAUUAUAAGCUUUUAGAUGUUACAGUCGUCCAGGAAUCUACAGUAGGAUUGCAACUGAAAUAUAAACGCAUAUAAUUAUUCGGCAGAUUUGCAUGAUGUCAGAUGUGGAGGAGGGGUCUUUAGAAGAGAAGGAGGAGCCUCUGGGAGAGAGGGAGGAGCCUCUAGAACAAGAAGGCGGGGCCGAAUAUGAAGUGGGCGGGGUUACAGAAGUGUCCAACGAGACAGCCAUGGACCAAGAAUUGGGAGACGAGAGCGUGGAAGAGAAGAAACCUCGGAAGGUGGUGGUUCCUGGUGUGGUUUAUCUGGGUCACAUCCCCCCUAGAAUGAGACCCAAACACGUCCGGAACAUGCUGGGGGUCCACGGGGAGAUAGGCAGGAUAUUCCUGCAGGCGGAGGACCACUCUAUCCGCAAGAAGAAGAAGAAGGCUGGCUGCAAUGCCAAGAGCUUCACAGAGGGCUGGGUGGAGUUCCGGGACAAACGCGUGGCCAAGAACGUCGCUGCCAGCCUCCACAACACGCCCAUGGGCGCCCGCAAGAGGAGCCGUUUCCACGACGACCUCUGGAACAUCAAGUACCUGCACCGGUUCAAGUGGGCUCAUCUGAGCGAGCGGCUGGCUUACGAGAAGACGGUCCGGCAGCAGAGGAUGAGAGUGGAGAUCUCCCAGGCCAAGAGAGAGACCAACUUCUACCUGGACAACGUGGAGAAGAGUCGGGACCUGGCGAGACUGCGGCAGAGGAAGUCUCAGAGCGGACAGCCCUUCCAGGAGCCCAGCUGGGGCUUCACACAGAGGCAGACCGAGGAGGAGAUCCAGAGAGGCAAGCAGAGCCGCGGGCCACAGGGGCCACUGGACAAGAGCCAGAGGAGGCAGGUUCGAAAAGCCAUGGCCAGAACGCAGGAGAUCGAGAAGAAAUCACAGUCAAAUGUCUCCCUGCUGGCGAAGAUCUUCAACGCCAGAGGCAAGCAGGAUUGAGACCAGGGUCCCGCUGAUCGGAGAGGCGAGAUGGUGGGGGGGGGGUUGACAUGAAGACCGGGGCGAUUGUGACACCUCUGGACAAAAGUUUUGUAUCACCUAGAAUUUUAGGAAUACAAAAAAACAUAAGUUUAACUCUUUUUUUUUUAUUGAUCAUGCAAUCAAAAAAAAAGUCUUCCGGAAGCCAUGUUUGUAGUAUUUCAUGUUUAGAAAUUUGUCAAAUAAUUUUUUUCAUUUUUUGGAAAACUACAAAGCGUAAUGCAAUAUGUUAACGUCACAUUAUUCAGCAAGUUUCGUUCAACUGUAGGAAGCAAAAUUAGUUCAUCCUAUAGGGGGAUGCAAAACCUUUGGCCAGAGCUGUACAGGGGCUAUGGGAUCCGAGGGGCUGGACUGUCCAACCUCCUGGUUAAACGAGCCAGGCCAGUGCUUCCUGUUGCCUGUGCUUUUAUCUGUUUCAGUGUGGAGCGCAUUGACGCUAAAGUAAAGUUUUGUACGGGGUGAUGUUUGUACGAAUUUGGCUUUUUCAAAACCAACAAAUUCAGUGUUGCAUGGUCCUGGAAUUCCCAGUUUCUCUGCAAUGGAGUUUAUGCGAUUUCUGAGUAUUUUUAUUUGCUCUAGGUAAAAUGCUGUGUAAAAUAAAUAAAAUUAAAAAGC